GAUACUUGAAUGGUUCUCUGCCCCCACCCCCGCUACAACGUUUAAUAAAACAAUGCCUACAAACUAGCUAGUUCCGAAAAUGAUGAGGCAGGACAUGUUUAUGAUAUUUUGGAGGAAACAUAGACGAGGGAAGGAAUUCAGCUAAGAAAUUGACCUCCAGAAGAUGGCAGUAAUGAAUCAGUACGUUUAAGCCAGCUCCCUUAAAACGUCAAAGAAGAAGACGAAGAACAGAACUGCGCAUGAGUAAAGGAACAUUAAAAAUAUGACCGUAGUGUAGUUUCUACCUAUUUUACGCAGCAUGGCUCUUGUUCCGUACGUAGAAAAUUCGUUACCUGUUCUUUCCAAACUCCACAAUUCAUCAGCACAGUUUCGGUUUGCCAACCACGACCUCCGUCUUGCACAGGACUGGAAGAAGCUCGGGGUAGCAGCAGUUGUGUGGGAUGCGGCAGUUGUCAUGUGUAUGUACCUGGAGAUGGGGAAGGUGGAGUUAAAGGGGAAGGGGGUCAUUGAACUGGGAGCUGGCACAGGACUGGUAGGCAUCGUAGCAGCCCUGCUGGGUGCCAAAGUGACCAUCACUGACAGAGAGCCUGCCCUGGACUUCCUCUCUGCCAACGUGGAGGCAAACGUGCCCCCAGACUCCCAGGGCUCGGUGGUUGUGUCGGAGCUGACUUGGGGCGAGGGCCUUGAACGUUACCCGGCUGGGGGAUUCGAUCUAGUGCUGGGAGCGGACAUUGUUUACCUGGAGGACACCUUUGUGCCGCUGCUGCAGACUCUGGAGCACCUGUGUUCGGAAAGCACCGUGGUGUUGCUGGCCUGUAAGAUCCGCUACAAGCGAGACACAAACUUUUUAAGCAUGCUGAAGCAGCGAUUCCUAGUUGAAGAGAUCUACUACGACAAACAAAGGGACAUCCACGUAUAUAAAUCUUGGAAACUGCCACCUAGGACGGAUCUGUGACCACUGGGUGUCCCUUCUGGUCGGUUUUCUUUCAUUGACUGCAGUCCUUGUAAUAAAUGUGUUGUUGUUUUUUUGCAGAAGAAUCAAAUAAACAUGUUAAAAGAUUA